UAAAUCAUCGACAAUGUGAAGUUAAAAAUAGUCCUCACUUUUGUGCUUGUACAAGUAUGUGUUACAAUAGUUUGUGGAAAUAGUUAACAGCUGGACUAUCAAUCCAAUGGUGUGAAGUGUAGAAGUGUCUUAUACAGAAGUGUAUAAGAAACAGAGUUGAGAAGAAAUGUAAAAAAAAAAACAGAGCAGGUCAGUUUACACAAUAUUCAACUCAAAAUAAAAACGUGUGACAAUGAAUAGUCAUUAAAAAUGUGCACUAGUACACCUGUCAGUUACAAAACCAUUUCAGCUAUGACAGUACUUUGACAGACUUUAUUGUUGUCAGACCACUCUCUUUGUACAAGUGGUUUGUGGGAGUUCCCUGCCCUUGACUGCAGCGUUAAGAACUGGCUUCUAUUGCUUAUAGCUUUCAAAAAGCUCAUUUAAAGUUUGACUCCAGGUCCUGCUGCAUGGAGCUUCGCCUAGCUACUAUCGGCAGGACACACACAGUUACCGACUAUUUACAGUCAACAAUUACCCUCUGUGAGAGGAAACCAAAGCACCCAGAGGAAAGGAGAAAACACAUUUAUUAAAAAAAAUAAUAGCUCCUUCUGAAGUCAUACAUUCUAACAUUUACAAAACCUGUUGGUUUGUGGUUUAAAACAAUGUUUGUGUACUAUAUAAUAUCAAACACUGGGAGUGUUUUAUUAAUGCAGGUGAAUCCAUUACUUUAAGCACACAAACUUUACUAAUUUUGUAGUUUAACAUUUUAAAUUCUUUAAAAAAAAUUAAAAAACAGGGAGCAGAGUUCCUACAAAGCAUUGCCAUUUGAAUCUGUUCUUCUGUGCAUUCAUUUGUGAGAAUUAGAUAAGAAUUUAAGUAAGUUUCUGAUCAUCCACACCAAAGAACCAUAUUGGAGCUCUUGGAAGACUUAUUUUCUUCAAUGCAAGGUACAUCAUUGUUGAGCAGUGUGUCGAAUUGUGCAGAGGUAAGUUGAUCUUAGCUAUGUUUGCAGCCCAUGGUUUCCUUGCGUCAUGAUUCAUCUACUGCAGACUCCAUUUGUCGAGUAUUUCUAAUCCGAUGGAUGAUGAUGAUUUCAUGCAGGUGGGUGUUUGUGGUGAAGAAAGGCUACCAGGAGAGAGAAGAGACCAUCCAGUCAUCAGUCAUCACCAAACUAAAAGGAGUGACGCUGACCAACUCAUCAGGGACAGGUCUUCACCUCUGGGGUCCGGAGGACUACGUCAUUCCCCCAAAUGUAUAUAUGCUAAUAUAGAGGGCGAGCAAGUGUUCUUCAUCGUGACAAAUUUUAUAGAGACUCCGAAUCAAACUCUGGGCUUCUGUCCUGAGAGUCCCAAAGUUCCAGAUGGACGAUGCCAGAGUGAUGCUGACUGCAAGGAGGGAUAUCCGGUUAUAGCAGGAAAUGGUGAGGAGGAAGGAAUCAGAACAGGUGUGUGUAUAAACAGUACCGGGACCUGUGAAAUACACGCCUGGUGUCCUGUUGAACACAAUGAAAGACCUACAGAGCCUUUGCUGAGCGAAGCUGCCAACUUCACUGUGUAUGUCAAGAAUUUCAUCCGGUUCCCCAAGUUUGAGUUCUUUAAGUCCAAUGUCCUUGACACAACGAAUGACAGCUACCUAAAGGGAUGUUCUUAUGACCCAGAGAGCCAUCCAUACUGUCCCAUUUUCCGCCUUGGAGAUAUGGUCAGCUGGGCAGGGAAGGACUUCCAGGACUUGGCUGGAAAGGGAGGAUCUGUUGGGGUUCUCAUUGAGUGGAUCUGUGAUCUGGAUAAAGGGUCUUCUCAUUGUAAUCCUCAAUAUGCUUUCAACACUUUGGACACAAACACAAACAACUCCAUCACGUCAGGAUACAACUUCAGGUAUGCCAGAUAUUUUAAGGAUCCCGAAGGUAAAACAUAUCGCACACUUUAUAAGGUGUAUGGGAUUCGCUUUGACAUCAUUGUCAAUGGACAGGCCGGGAAGUUUAAUAUUGUUCCCACAGUCAUUGCCAUUGGUUCUGGUGUCGCCCUGCUGGGACUCGGGGCCUUUGUUUGUGACAUGAUUCUACUGUACAUGAUGAACACCAGCUCCUUUUACCGAGAGAGGAAGUUUGAAAUCAUCAAUUUCAACAGGAAAGAGAAAGUCAGACACAAGGAAGGGAAGGUGGGACCCAGAGAAAGAAGGUCGAAGCAAACAGCAGAAGCCAUUAACUCCACGAAACAGCCAGAAGACCCUGAAGCCACAGAACAAUUGUCGUCUAGCUCAGAGAGCAAGCCGGUGGACAAACGGGGUCCCACCAUCCCGAGAAACACCGGGCAGCGGUACUCUGCACUCCCUCCUCAAGGUGAAAGCAGAAAUCGGACGACGUCUACCUCUGCCCUAUUGGCUUAACUGCUGGUGCACCACUCUGACCCUCAUUCUGACUGAGGAUGAAAGCGUGACGUCACCUAGUUCUGUCACUGGGCCUGGCAGCUGGUGCAAGUACAUGACGUGCUGACACGAUGCUAGGCAACAUGCUCAUGUGUCAUUUUUGCAGGUGUUGAUCAUUUAAUAUGCAGGCAACGUUGGAAUCAGCACCACUGUCAGUCUUACUGGCGACACAUUAGGACUGAGACAACAAGCAGUCUUAUAUUAUGGUGAACAAAUACUUCCUGUGAUUAUCCUUGGAUGCCCAUUUCUUUUUCUUCAAAAUUAAAAACACAUACUCGUUGUUGGAUUUAAAGAACUGACCAUGUUUAUUCACAAAAAGGAUGCAAAUAAAAGCGU